UGCCUGUCAUACAGCGCUCUGAGCCCCGCUGCCUACAGGAUCCGCUUUAUAAAGAGCUAAAUUUACCAAACUUUACGUUGUUUCCUGAGCUCUCACAAUUGGCCAGACCUCGUCCGGUUAGAGAGUUAUAAGGUUUGGAGGACCUCCUUCCACUUUUAAACUUGUUCAUGCCUUUGGAGUGCAGCAGUGGAGAGCGACAGUGAAAGAGACGCACAGGUUUUGGUGCGACUUUGACAAGAAAUAGUUUUUAUUUCACCAAACGAUGGCCUUAUCCGGAGUGAUGCUACCGUCAUUUGCAACAUUCACAAACCAAAGAGAAAAAUCCUAUGAAAACAGGUGGAAAGGAGAUAUGGACAAACUCUCCAACAGCAGCUGCUCCAUGCUUGAAAUGGUACACAACCUGGACAAUCACAGCAAAAGGGACGACGAGGAUCUGAGUAACUACUUAGAUCUGGAUUUUAUCCUCGCCAACACGACUGGCUCUGACAGCGUGGCAGAAUUUGUGGGAACAGCGGACCCCAGCAUGUACACGGCAGGAAACACUGUGCCAUCCUACCCAGGAGACGACAACCGCUCCCCGCCGCCGCCGUACGGGGCCAGCCUGAUGACAGAGCUGCUCCGCUCCGAGGGAACCAACAGCUAUGACAUUGCCCGCAACCCCUGCUUUCAGGGAAGAUUUUAUGUCAACACGGCACAUUUUCCCCGCCAGGACAUCAAAGUUGAGCCACCUAUGGACGGUUACGGCCCCGUUUUAGGCAUGGUGCCCCAAAGCUGCAGCAAGAUCAAGCAAGAAGGAAACGUUUCGUGCAUGAUGUCUUUUGAGCAGCCCAGGGUGGCCAUCUCCCCACGGGCAUCCAGCAACAUGACCCCACCUCUAAGCCCCGAUGAGCAUGGAGCCUCGGACUGCCAGGCACAGCUGUGCCAGCCCAUGAACUUCUCUCAGAAGUAUCACACACCGGCGGCUUUCCCGCACCACCAUCAGGCUCCACAUAUGCAAAUGCCCUACCACGCUCCGCAUACUGCCUUUGGCAUGUACGAUGAAGGGCUCAGCAUGCAGCCAGGCGCGCAGAGGGUGAUGCUCACACCGCCCUCCUCACCCCUUGAGCUUCUGGAGUCCAAACCCAAGAGAGGGAGGCGCACAUGGCCGAGGAAGCGCACAGCAACGCACACCUGCAGCUAUGCUGGUUGCGGAAAAACCUACACCAAGAGCUCACAUCUGAAGGCACAUCUCAGAACUCACACCGGUGAGAAGCCAUACCACUGCAGCUGGGAAGGUUGUGGAUGGAAAUUCGCCCGCUCCGAUGAGCUGACCCGUCAUUUCCGCAAACACACCGGACACAGGCCAUUCCAGUGCCACCUGUGUGAACGUGCCUUUUCCAGGUCUGACCACCUGGCACUUCACAUGAAGAGACACAUGUGAAGAAGCCCACAAAAGGACUUGGGGUUAUGUUAUUUUUGUUGUGAUUCAACUGAUGUAUUUUUAUUUAAAUUGUUGUCCACAUGACCAAAGUCUUUUUAUAUAUAUAAUAUUGAAUUAAAAAGUUUUAGUUGUAUUAUUUUCUAAUAACGUAGCUGGUACUACUUUGGUUCAAUAAAAAAGCUUUAGAAAAGCUUUGUUUGCUUUAGAGCAGGAAGACCAAGAAGGGGCUGGCCCUGUAUAUAUUACUCUUAUUUGACAGAACUGGAACGCUGUGUUUGACACAAAAGUGCCUUUCUAUGACUGUGCUACUGUAAAACUCUUAGUGACAGAACGACAUGGCCACAUUUAGUACAUGUUCUUAUUGACAGGGGUGAAAUGCACAUAGUUGCCUAACAUGUGCAGGGACAAUGUUUUAUUUAAACUGCCUCUCAAUGUCUGAAUGGCCUGAACUGCUUUAUUUUAUUGCCUUUUCCUAUUUGGUGUCGAUGUUGUCUCUGUGUGAAUAUCUUGGAUCCAGCCCCUCUGUUCACUAUCAGGGCUUGAUGUCCUGUACAUUAUUUUUCACUUAAAUUUAUAUAAAUAUGUACAUGGUUUUAUACUGUAAAAUGUAUAUUUAUUGUAAAUAUUAAAAACAAUGAAAUUGAA